CGCAGGUAUUUAAUCACGGGACUAGACGGCAGGUCGAACGAGGAGAGAGGCCAUGUUGGAUUUUCAGUAAACUACUCGUGUGAUCCCGGUGUAAGAAAUGCAUCCCCGGCGCAGUAUUCAGCAAGUCCUACUGUGUGACCUCUGUGAGACUGUCCCCUUACAGAGUCAUUGUGAAGUUUGUAAUAUAAAUCUAUGUAAGGCCUGUGUUGGGGAGCACCUCUCUGGUUCGUUUGAAAGGCACAAUGUCAUGCCCUAUUUACAAAGAAAGUCUACUCCAAACUACCCCAAAUGUCCCGAACACGCCGAAAAACCCUGCGAACUUCACUGCGAGAAUUGUGACAUUCAUGUCUGUAUUAAAUGCGUCUCCUCAGGUAAACACGAAGGUCACAAGUUAUCAGAAUUUCCGGAAAAAUUGAGCGUUAAAACACAAAGUUUACAAAAAGAUUUAGAGGAACUCGAAACCAGAAUUUAUCCCCGAUAUGAAGAAAUGACGUACGAUGUCCAAACCGAAAGAGCCGACAUAGAAACAUAUUACGGGAAAUUAAAAACAGCUGCGGAAGAGGAAGGUGAACUCUUAGAGCGGGAGAUCAACGCCAUUGUCAAACAGCGGAAAUCUGAAAUUCAGGAGAUGAAAAACAAGCACCUAUUCACCCUGUAUAAAAAUGCAGAUGAAAUAACACAGAUAAUUACUGAACUCAGACAGAUCAUUUCCGACUUGAAAUCAAUACUAAAAUCAAAUGACGUCUCCUUAAUCUCUAAUUACAAAUCCAGGAAUUCCGAAUUUAGAACAUUACCGCCUGAAAUCCGAGUUACAUUACCGAGUUCUACUCCUCAGAAAAUAAACACAGACCAACUCCGGGAAAUGUUUGGUUGUCUGUCGCCAUUAUCCAUUAACACAGAAUAUGGAGGCACAGUGAAGUUAGCAGAAGCUGUAUCGUCUCCUCUAGUUAAACCACUGCUUGAUGAACCGCGCCUCGCCGCCAUCAUAGACACUGGGUAUAGCGGACUAUACAGUGUUAGCUGUCUGAGUGAAGAUCAAGUCUGGACAUGCGGGAAUAACAACACCAUGAAGCUGCUCAACCUCCAGAGUAAACUACUGACAUCAAUACAAACCAAGUCAGGGGACACACCGCGGGACAUAGCAGUGACACGGGACGGAGAUCUUGUUUAUACUGACUAUGAUUCGGUUAGACUAGUAAAGAAUAAAAAGAUACGGACUGUCAUCACACUACAGGACUGGGUACCCCACUAUGUCUGCAGUUCCGCCUCCGAUGAUAUCCUAGUUACCAUGGUCAGUGUUUAUCUCAAACAAUCCAAAGUCGUGCGUUACUCCGGCUCCAAAGAGAAACAAAACAUUCAGUUUGAUGAUCAGGGUCGUCCUCUCUAUUCAUCUGGCUAUAGCUAUAAAUUCAUCAGUGAGAACAGGAACCUGGAUAUAUGUGUGGCUGACUGGUCAGCUAGAACAGUAGUGGUGGUCAAUCAGUCAGGGAAACUCCGAUUUAGAUACACUGGUCAUCCUUCUAAUACCGAGCAAUCAUUUACUCCAGUCGGCAUAACUACAGACAGCCAGAGUCACAUCCUGACAGCAGACAGUGAAAAUCAGCGUAUCCACAUCCUAGAUCAGGACGGACAGUUCCUCCGUUACAUUCACUGUGAUUUACGCCGUCCAUUCGGUUUAUGUGUGGACAUCAGAGACAGCCUUUUUGUGGCUGAGUGUGACACUGCUAAAGUGAGGAAAAUCCUAUAUUUAUCAGCACAGUGUUAAAUAUACAUCUCUACAGUGUUAAUUACCUAUCUAAAAACAGUGUUAUUUACACCAGUGUUUUGGUUAGAACUGCUUGUUAAUCACAUACCUGUGUACAUUACAUAUACGUGUCUGUGAUGUGUACUUAACAUGCACUUAUGAUUCUGAGUUUAACUGAUUGAACAUUGGUCUAUCACUGCUGUUUUUUAAUUAUAUCUUGCAAUAUAUGUAUUAGUAUAUUUAGUGGUGCAAUAUUAAUUUUAGUACAUUACUUACUUAUUUGACUGUGUUACUAGUUAUUUAUCUAUGUACAAUCUUUUGUGCACUAAUUUGACUGUGUUAUUAGUUAUUAAUCUCUAUACAAUCUAUGUGGACUAAUUUAACUGUGCUACUAGUUAUCUAUCGAUAUACAAUCUAUGUAGACUAAUUUGACUGUGCUACUAGUUAUCUAUCUCUAUACAAUCUUUUGUGGACUAAUUUGACUGUGUUACUAGUUAUCUAUAUACAAUUUUUUAUGGACUAAUUUGACAACGUUACUACUUAUCUAUCUCUAUACAAUAUGUUGUGGACUACUUUGACUGUUUUACUAGUUAUCUAUAUUCAGUCUUUUGUGGACUAAUUUGACUGUGUUACUAAUUAUAUAUCUAUAUACAAUCUUGUGUGGACUAAUUUGGCUGUGUUACUGGUUAUCUAUAUAGAAUCUUUUGUAGACUAAUUUGACUGUGCUACUAGUUAUCUAUCUCUAUACAAUUUUCUAAUUGUCUAAUUUGACUGUGUUAUUUGUUAUAUAUCUAUAUACAUUUUUUGUGAACUAAUUUGACUGUGUUAUUUGUUAUAUAUCUAUAUACAAUAUUCUGUGAACUAAUUUCAUUGUAUUACUAGUUUUCUAUCGAUAUACUGUGUUACUUGUCUCUAUCAAUAUGUGUACAAUGUUUAAUGCGUAUAUUAUAGAUAAACAUAAUUUAGAAUUCAGUCUUACAAUAUUACUGAGUACUUACUUAGAUUUGUAGUAAUGUAACAGAGAGUAACUCUAAACACCCGGUCUUUAUCACA